AUGGCCUCAAGACUAUUCCUCGCCGCCAUUGCGGCAUCGUCGCUGCUCUCCACCGUGGCCGCGAUACCCGGUACCAAGACGCAGACGUCGACGCCGACCUACACGGGCGCUCUUCACUCCAUGACAGACAAGGGGUGUUUCUCGUCAUCUGAGCCGCUCGAGGACCAAGGCUCUUAUACCUUCCAGACGCAGGGCAACUGCCAGCCCAUCUGUGUGGGUCUGGAAUACCCUGUCAUGGCUCUCGUGAACGGCAGUAACUGCUUCUGUGGAAACAUGCUCCCUGCAAAGUCCAGCAAGGUUGACGACGACAAGUGCAAUACGCCUUGCAAUGGCUAUCCCCAAGACGACUGUGGUGGUCGCAACUACUGGCAGGUCUAUCUCAGCGGUCUGGAUAACAACGAGGUCGACUACUACGAUGGCGGCUCGUCUUCAUCAUCUUCGUCUUCCAGCUCCACGCAGGGCACGCCUGUUGUCGUUACUGUCGGAGGUGGCCAAACCAUCGUCGUUACCAAGGGCGCGCAAGCCAGCGACGCUUCUAACAAAUCCGAUGGUCCCAACAAGGCUGGCAUCGCCGCAGGCGUCGUUGUCGGUGUCGUCGUCAUGACAGCAAUCAUUGGAGGUGUUCUCCUCUUCCUGAGGCACAAGCGCAGAAAGCAGGUCGAGGAGGAGUACCGCCAGCGCCAGAGCAUGAACAACUUCGUGGCUGGUGGCAAGGCUCCCGGCACCUCUUCUCUCAACGACACCAUCCUCGACCCUGCGUUCGCGAGGAGAAUGAGCAAUGGCAGCGUUGCCGACAACCAGGACUACUCGAGAAGGAUUCUCCAGGUGAGAAACCCCGACGACGACUAG